AUGGCUACGCCUCCGCGAGUGGGCGUAUUCCGAAAGUCCAUGAUGAUCAACCCUCGCAUCAUUGAGGCUCCUUUAGGAAAGCCCAGGCUCAGAGGAUUCUCCAUCCCAGGACCAGACUUCACUUAUGGAGUUGCAGGAGAGAUCCAUGAAGGAGUUUCCCAGGUGCUGUCAGGGUGGAGGCAACAAGAACCACCUGGCCUGGCAACGCGGGACUCGUGUCCGCUGGACUUUGUGGCUCUGAACCGUAACGCGGUGAAAUCUGGUGUCACCACGGCCAAAGAGCUGCACCGCUACCGAGCCCUGAGGCCGCCCUCCGCGUCCCAGCCAAUCAGGAGGAAGCAGCAGAAGAGCCAGCCAAAAAGCCAGCCGAAGAGCCAGCCGAUGGUUAAAAACAUUCUUCCUGAGCUGCAGCUGCCGUGGUGGGGCCCAGCUGGAGUCACUGAUGUUAUAGUCCUGGAAUGGACACGAGGCAAUAGUAGGAAAUACGUCCUAUUCUACAGAGACGAGCUGUGGCCAAACAAACAAGAGCCGUUUUUCUAUAACCGAGUGGAGCCUAAAGAUCCACAUUUUAAGUCUGGAGACCUGAGCGUGAUCCUGAAGAACGUCACUGAAGACGACAGUGGGACGUACACGUGUUCGGUCUCUCCGAAUCAGUCUGCAGAGGAUGUGCAGCUGGAGUGUCUGUCACCAGAGGGCGACACAGUUCAGGAUCUAAUGUGGGCCAAAGUGAAAGGGAAUCAGACAGCCAUCCUCAUCAGGAUGAAAGAUGGCAGAGUGGACUACAUAGAUCAAGACCCUUCUUUCACAAACCGAGUGAAACUGCAAGGUCCAAGGCUCCUGAAUAUGACCUUAGGGAAUGUGACGACUAAAGACAGCGGGACAUACGUCUGUGAGACUCGAUCUAAGAACUCAGCUGGAAUCCACAAGAUCCACGUGCACUUCGUUCAUCUCACAGUAGAACAAGCCGAGAUAGAGUACAGCGGAGUUUUGAGCUCUGGGAGUCCACUCCGCUCAUGA